ACGCGACGUACGAGAGAGGCGGCGUGAGCGGCCUCACGCGUCUGCCUCCUCUCGCCGCUGAUGCGCGGCGGCUCGCUCGAGGCGCGGCUGCGUAUCUCGGAUCCCGACCGCGCUGCGCAGCUCCGGCGGCUGGGCAUGGCGGAGCCGCCGAGGCCGCUGACGUGGCGGCAGCGCGUUCGCAUUGCUUGCGAGGCGACCGAGGCGCUCGUCUACCUCCACUCGAAGGGCAUCGUGCACCGCGACGUCAAGCCGGACAACAUCCUGCUCGACGAGAAGCUGGCCGCCGUCCUCGCCGACACGGGCUUCGCCAAGGACCAGCGUCCCGACGCGUCUGUCCGCUGCCGCUCGACCGCCCUCUACAUGUCCACGGGCUACCUCUGCCCCUCCAUCUCCAAGGGGGGCGAGUAUUCGAGCAAGACGGACGGCUACGCCAUCGGCAUCACCCUCCUCGUCUGCCUCACCAACCGGUCCGAGGUGCAGCUCAUCGACCGGUGCGAGGACGAGUUCGAGGAGGACUGGACCGACAUCGACGCGGCGAAGCUCGCAGACGUGGCUGCGG